ACUUUUUAACUAUUUUGAUGUACAUGCUCUAAACAUACACAGGUUUCCGGAUCCGAAAAAUCACUCCGCCGCGGAAUGGGUGGUGCUCGACGACAGAACAGCGGCGCUAGCAGCAGCAGCAGCGGGGAGGAAGACGGAGACGCCGACUGGAGAGCCGCCAUCGAUUCUGUCGCCGUCGCCACCACUACUGGCCGCGACCGUGCUGCUUCUACCUCCAAUGGUUCGACAACAAAAUCCCUCGGCCGCGAGACAAAACACGACGAACUGGACAAUCGUAAACCUCAGAACAUCAAGCAUUACCAGAUCAAGGCACAAAAGCUUCUGGACGGCAUUUUGGAGGAGACAAUAGAAAUAGUGGGGGCAGAUCGUAUUCAUAUCCUGGACAAAGAUUCCAUGAAUAGUGAAGGCGGAGUUCGACUCUUUAAACAUGCUCCCCUUGGGAUAGUGUUCGACCACAUAGAUGAACUUCAGCGACCAACAAAAAAACCAAGAAUCCUUCCUGGUAAAGAGAUUGAUGAGAAGUCAAAGAAGUUCAGAUGGCAACUCCAAUCUAUUGCUGUUGAUGGGAUGGAUAUAAUCGCUGCAGCCAGAGAUUCACACCAGAAAACAUUAGCUAAAAAAGAAGCUAAAGAUGCAGCAGCAAAAGCAGCUGCGAAAAGAGAGGAAGAAAGAGUAGCAGAACUGAGAAAAGUUAGGGGGGAGAGAUGGCUACCUUCAAUUGCAAGAGAUAGGCGGGUAAAUUCUCGAGGCUGCUAAUUUGUACUCGGCUCAGUUCAGGGAAAAAUAAAAUUGUACUCGGCUGGAACUUGAUGUGCCUCUUGUUUUCCAUUGGGUUAUGCUUUCCUGGUUAUCAUUGAUGUACCGUUGUAAUUGCUUAUGCUGCCAAGUGAUUGUCAGUUGUAGUCAUGCUUGGUCAUGCUAUGCUUCAUUGUCCAUUUCCUCCACCGCAUAAA